AGAAGAAAUAUUUUCAUCACUUGCUAGCUCACCGUCCUCCGGUCCAUAUUACUUGUUACUUAAAUUAAAAAUUUUUCGUUCUAUUUUUAUAAAACGAUGUUGAAGCGAACAUUAUGCUUUAUCUCCUUUAAAUUAUUUAUUAUUUUAUUAUCUACAUUUCUUCUUUCGUCUGCUUCUAUAAUUCGUGUGCGCGAAUCUGAAAGACGCAUCGAGUGUCCACGUGGCUGUGCUGGGGAAUGUGAUAAGUGCGAGUACGGAGUGGUAUUAUCUCAGCAAUGUGGAGUAUUGGAGUGCAGAAAGGGACCGGAUGAGCGAUGCGGUGGUCAUACUAACGGAGUCUGCGGUGAUGGAAUGAUUUGUUUGUGUGAAAGAUGUAUCGGAUGCAGUACAGAUACCCUAGAUUGUUCAAAAACCCACUUCGACCACCCUUGCCUACCUCCCGGCAUCACUGACACCAACAACGACCUGAAGUACCUAGACCUGAACAACAACCGCAUGUUUUAUGGUUAAAUAAAUUUAUUGGACAUCAUUACACACCGCUCGCAGUAUUUGACUAGCUCAGAUCUUUUAAUUCUACAUAAAUAGUUGUCGACAUUUAUCAAUGUACAUUGUACGUAAAUAUACUUGCUCUUUAAAUUA